AUGGCCGACCUGCUGCGUUACCUGCUCAUCGUCUCUGCUCUUACUACUCCAGGUUUGUCGCUGUCCUGCUUUACAUGUUUGGAUUUAACUGGAGCCUACUGCACAGGAAGCCCAGUAACCUGCUCCGCCGGAUACUCCUGUGUAACCUCCCUGUCUGUGACCACUGUGGGCUCUACAAACCAAUCCUUGUCUUUGUCCCGGGGAUGCGCCGCCGCAAACCAGUGCAACAUUACAGGGAGUCUGACGUUUCAAUAUGGAAAAGUCAAGAUCGUAACUUCCUGUUGCGACACCGACAGCUGCAACGCUACGAUCGCGACGUUGCCAGCCGACAAUGCUACAGUGAAUGGACUGACAUGCCGCACCUGCGCCUCCGACACUACAGACUACUGCUACACCGACGCCACCUUACAGUGUAAUGGCGCAGAGACUUUGUGUGGCCGCAUGGCAACAUACUUAUCAGGAACUGCUUCAGUGACAAACACCAUACGCGGCUGCGCCACUCCUAGUGUCUGUAAUAUACUGGGCAAUGUGAACGGGGCCUUUGGUAGCCUGAACACGGUUGUGAAAACUUUCUGUAGCAGUGGAUGCGUCGGCCUCCAGGGAACGUUCUACUUAUCAUCACUGAUGAUGCUCAUCCUAAUGAAGAUUAUCUUUUAG